AUGGGUUUGUCAAACACUUCCAUGAGUGAAGGUCACAACGAUGAAGUUAGACAGAUGAUUGAAGCCCUGCCUCCUGGAAGCAGCCAAUAUGAUGCUGAAGGUCUCGGGGCAGAGGACCUUGAGGAGCUUCUUCAAAGGGAUCGCUUAUUCACUCAUACUGAACACUAUGACAGUGAUGGAAAACGAAUCUUGGACAGCUAUGUUGUGUUUAAGAAUGUAGCUCCAGAUACAAUGCGAGACUUCUCCAACCAAAGGCAUCUUGGACGCAUCAAAGAUCAAAGUCUCACAAAUCAUCUCCUUAUCAUCAAUAUGCCUUCUGGCGAUCAUGAAAGUGCUAUCCGCUACUUUGACAAAGUUCUUCAACGCAAACUGGACGAAAUGAGAACAGACUUUUCUCUCGAAGUGAAAGCCUGUGGAUCAAAAGAUGUGCAUGGAACAACACGCACCAAAAUUCCCGAUACAUCAUUCCGGCCACGCCUACUCCCGGCCGCCCGAUCAGAUGAAUGGCCCAGCCUGGUUCUUGAGGUUGGGUAUUCCGAGUCUGCUUCAAAGUUAAAGAAAGACACCAGCUGGUGGUUAACAGAAUCCCAGGGGGAGGUACGAGUGGUGAUCACGUUAAAGGUAUUCCGCAAUCACCGAGUCCACCUUGAGAUGUGGCAAUUCCGUGAUGGAGCUGCUCGCCCCCGUCCUGUUAUGACACAGGAGGCGACUGUUACCAAGAGCGCCAGUGGUUAUUCUGCCAGUGCCCCAAUGGUGAUCCGUUUCCAGGACCUUCUUUUGCGACCCCCGGCCGGCAACGGGGAAUGUGAUAUUGUUCUCGACCGUGGCGACCUGGAGCAAAUGGUCAAACUUGCCUUGGACUAG